UUGGUACGGCCCAGCGCUAGCGGGCGCCGAGCGGGAGCCGCGCGGGAGCGGCGCAGCGACAUCGGCGGCAGUGGCGGUGGCGGUUGCAGCUCGGAGCCGUUGAGACGCCUCUGCGGCAGCUGGUGGCGCAGGUGGCCGGCGUGGACGUGGGCAGGAGCGGCCAGCGCGCCCCGCAAGCCCCAGCGCCACCGCCCGGCAGGCGCGUCGGGACACCCCGAGGCAUCCUCCCCCGCCCGCGGGCCCGCCAGUCCCCAGCUCGCGUCUGUGUUCUGCUUGCAUCUCCUGAUCGCGGCUGCGCUGCUCCCCCUUCUGGUCUUGGGACUCCCGGCGUCGCCCCUCAAACAUGACUCGCGAUUUCAAACCUGGAGACCUCAUCUUCGCCAAGAUGAAAGGUUAUCCUCAUUGGCCAGCUCGAGUAGAUGAAGUUCCUGAUGGAGCUGUAAAACCACCCACAAACAAACUACCCAUUUUCUUUUUUGGAACCCAUGAGACUGCUUUUUUAGGACCAAAGGACAUAUUUCCUUACUCAGAAAAUAAGGAAAAAUAUGGCAAGCCAAAUAAACGAAAAGGUUUUAAUGAAGGAUUGUGGGAGAUAGAUAACAAUCCGAAAGUGAAAUUUUCAAGUCAACAGGUAUCAACCAAACAGUCAAAUGCAUCCUCUGAUGUUGAAGUGGAAGAAAAAGAAACUAGUGUUUCAAAGGAAGAUACUGAUCAGGAAGAAAAGGCCAGCAAUGAAGAUGUGACUAAAGCAGUUGACAUAACUACUCCAAAAGCUGCCAGGCGAGGAAGAAAGAGAAAGGCUGAAAAACAAGUAGACGCUGAAGAGGCCGGAAUGACUGCAGCAACUGCUUCUAAUGUGAAAGCAAGUCCUAAGAGAGGACGACCUGCGGCUGCUGAAGUCAAGAUUCCAAAGCCAAGAGGCAGACCUAAAGUGGUGAAACAGCCUUGCCCGUCAGACAGUGACAUGGUUAUUGAUGAAGACAAAAGUAAAAAAAAGGGCCCAGAGGAAAAACAACCUAAAAAGCAGCUUAAAAAGGAGGAAGAAGGCCAAAAGGAAGAAGAGAAGCCACGAAAAGAGCCAGAUAAGAAAGAGGGAAAGAAAGAAGUUGAAUCUAAACGGAAAAAUUUACCUAAACCAGGGGUUACAUCAACCUCUGAUUCAGAAGAUGAAGAUGAUCAAGAAGGUGAAAAGAAGAGAAAGGGUGGAAGAAACUUCCAGGCUGCUCACAGGAGGAACAUGCUAAAAGGCCAACAUGAGAAAGAAGCUGCAGAUAGGAAACGCAAGCAAGAGGAACAAAUGGAAACUGAGCAGCAGAAUAAAGAUGAAGGAAAGAAGCCAGAAGUUAAGAAAGUGGAGAAGAAGCGAGAAACAUCAAUGGAUUCUCGACUUCAAAGGAUACAUGCUGAAAUUAAAAAUUCACUCAAAAUUGAUAAUCUAGAUGUGAACAGAUGCAUAGAGGCACUGGAUGAACUUGCUUCACUUCAGGUAACAAUGCAACAAGCUCAGAAACACACAGAGAUGAUCACAACCCUGAAGAAAAUACGGCGGUUCAAAGUCAGUCAAGUUAUCAUGGAAAAGUCUACAAUGCUAUAUAACAAGUUUAAGAAUAUGUUUUUGGUUGGUGAAGGAGAUUCAGUCAUCACCCAAGUGCUGAACAAAUCUCUUGCUGAACAAAGACAGCAUGAGGAAGCAAAUAAAACCAAAGAUCAGGGGAAGAAAGGGCCAAACAAAAAGCUAGAAAAGGAACAAACAGGUACGAAGAGCCUAAAUGGCGGAUCUGAUGCUCCAGAGAGUAAUCAUCCACAACAUAAUGGCGACAGUAACGAAGAAAGCAAGGACAGCCGUGAGGCCAGCAGUAAGACAAAGCCACCUGGAGAAGAGAGAGAAGCUGAACUAUCUCUGAAGGAGUCUACACUAGAUAACUAGGUUGGCAGAUUUCAGAUGUAAUGAAUAAGAGAGAAGUCUGUCGUGAGUGACUUCAUUUGAAAUACUUAGGCUGCUGAAAGGUUUAAAGUUUUAUAAGCAUAGGUUUUGAUGUUUAAGUAGUUGGGGGGAAGAAAAACCCUUUAUAUUUGUGUAAAAGUCAACUAUUGCUAAUUUCCCGUGUGCAGUAUUAACAGCUCCGUCAUCUAGUUUAAGAGUAAGGGAAACCUACUUAGAAAGGUUAACCUGCUUUAUAGACAUGACUGUGGUGUACUUUCAGUUAGUGUGUAGUUAAUGUGUAAUUGGUAGAAGGGCGGUUAUAUUUUAAAACUGCUACUUGUAUGAAUCUUUCCUCUUUCCCAAAUACCGUGGGUUUUGUGCAUAGUUUUUACAAAUACUGGAUUUACCAGACUGUCUUUUCACUGUUUGUGGGUUUUUUAGAAGUUGAGCAUUUUUAUGGAUGAUAAAGUGAAUGUUACUUCUAAGUACUCACUCCUUUUAUCAGAAGUUAACCUCAGUCCAUUGUGCUACAUUAGCUUGCCUCUGUGAUAAUGUGUAGUCUGUAUGACAACUAGAUAUACACCAGGUUGUUAUAGAAGGUACAAAUUUGUUUACUUUCCAAAGUAAUUUAGUUUUAGGACUGGGAUUUCAGUGGCAUUAGAACUAAAGAGAACAGACUGGUAUAUCUACAUAUAGGAAGUCCAUCUACAAUCCUUUAUAGCUACUAGUCACAAAAACCUAAAACUAGUUUGUUUUUAAUCUUACACUCAUUAAGAAGGUCACACCCAUUAAGGUGUGUGUUUUCUUUUUUUAAAAUUACAAUCAAUCCAUGAUGCUUAUAAGUGAUAAAUAAGAAAACUAAUUGAAAACAUGGACAUAUUGGGAUGGGAUUUUUAGUUUCUCUAUCAGACAUAUCAGAGGAUACAGAUAAAAACAAACAUCAAUUGUUCCAAGAGGAAGUAACCAGAUAGUCCAUACAAACAAACAUGGACUUUCACUGUUAAAUUUAGGGAUAACAUUUCAAAGGUAUUAUGAGUAAUCGGGUCAGUUAUUGGUUUUUAAUAGGUAGGAAAGCUUGAAAUUCUUAGGAAAGAGACUUAAUACCAGUGUUUGUGUGCGAUGCGAUUAAAUAUGUUCUUGAUUUCUCAGAUAAUUAUUUUCAUCUAUGUAAAAAUUACUUCAAUAAUUGGACUUUUGCUUUGAUAGCUCUUACAAUUUAACUACUGUUUUGAGCAAAUGCUGUACAUUAUAUAUACACCAGUCUUCUGUUUUGUCCUUAGCACAUUUUUAACUUGGACAAAAAUUAUUCUAGUUAAGCCAUAAGUGUCAAUGUGUAAAUUGUUUUAAUUAAAAAGUUUUUUCUACCAAA